AUGCAAGAAUUGCGAAGUGCUUUAAAUUACCCAUCGGCGAAAGUGAAGGUGGGUCAAGCACUGGCGUUCACCGACCUACGGCGCGUCGACACGGCACGGACUAUACAUAAGCAGUGGGGAAGAGUCGCAGACCACGACCAUAUCCCAUCGGUCGUCCCCCCAUCGAUACCCCUCCUCGCAUCGAAUGCACUCUUGACGUACACUGCGUUAACUCCUCCCAAUCCGCCUCCAAAAUCUUCGGAGCUUUCGAAGUAUGAGGAACCAGAUGUAAUCUCGCGUGGACGUUUCAACUGGCUGCUGAGGUACUGCACCAGGCCCAUGGCACUAGCCAAGGCCCUUGCCGAAGUCGCUGUCAUCGUCGCGAAACAGUACCCUUCUACUCUUUCCGACAGCGUCCUCUCUCUUCUCCUCCCAUCGUCCACUGGCAGCGGUGUGCAGACAACGAAAAUGUUUCUCGCAGGCUGGGUAUUUAUAUGUGCAGGAGGUCUGCUUCGACUGUGGUGCUACCGCGCACUCGGCCGGUUCUUCACAUACCAGCUCUCCGUAAAACACGAACAUCAGUUGAUCACAGUUGGACCGUACGCCAUCGUCCGGCACCCAAGCUAUACUGGCAUGAUCAUGUUGGCCAUUGGAAAUUUUCUGUGGGCAAAUGAGUCAGGUUCGUGGUGGGCAAAUUUUGGGUCGUUCGGAACGGUGUUACGAGGGACCUGCAUUGCAAUAUGGGCAACCUAUUGGACUGUCGUUGCUCCAUUGGUAGUGAGCAGGUUGGGCAAGGAAGAUAGGAUAUUGAAGAAGGAGUUUGGCAAUCAAUGGGAGGAGUGGUCAAGGAGUACGCCGUAUAAAUUGGUCCCAUUCAUAUAUUAA